UCCAGACUCGCGCAGAAAAGUUGCCAGUCCCCGAGGUCGCUGAUCAUGCAUACGCCAAUUUCUCGUACGGAGGCAAUUGCUUCGUCUUCUGCUCUGUAAAUUCCUCUCGAUUACUCUUAAGUCAUCAUAUUUUUUCAUUUUCAUAGCGAUUGACUCUCCGAUUUGAGAGUAUAUCCUCUCUGGUCCUUUGUUCAAUUGUCAAAGUCGAACAUUCCGCACAUCGGAGCGCGGGAUCGGCAUAUCGAUAGUUCUCAAGAUGCAUUUGCAAGAUACCCAGUCCACCGGCCCAUCGCCUCUGCAUUCGCCGGAGACGUUAGCCAAAGUCCUGAAGACUCCUUCGCCGCAGUCGUCAACUAGUCUCCCGUUCGGACGGACCAUCCCGCUCUCAACCAUCGGUGGACCGACGUAUGUUACCGCCCAGACGCUCGCUCAGCAUGUCGCCUACACGCUCUCCGACAAGAUCUUCACAUACUCCCCCGAGUCAUUCGACCUAGACAUCGCCAUCAAGUCAUGGAACGAGGACAACGAAAAGAAUGCGUUUGACCUUGUGCCAGGCUUGCAGCAGUUGCAAGCGCGGGCCGGGGCAGGCUCAAUUGCUCUGGGAUAUAUGUUCUCGAACGACUUUGACUUGAGCAAGAGGCAUAUCCCGCAGACUAUCGUAGCCUCGUCCGCAACGUUGGAAUUGCUCCGACCCUCCCUGGAUCAGCUGUCGCUCCUCUACUCCCUCGCGAACCCUCUCGUGGCACAUGUCGCUGCUGUGGAGCUGGCGGCAGGGAAGACCACCAAGCUGUUUGCCGACUACACACCCGGGUUGCGCCUCGCCGAGGAGUUGGGACUGGGUCUUGUCAGCAGCACCUCCGUCUAUGAGACGCAGCACAUGGCUCUCUUGGCGACCCUUCUCGCCGAUGUCCUUCCGACGAUCCACAUGUUCGACGGCGUCGCAAUGGCUCGUGAGACAACUCGCGUGGUCGAUAUCCUGGACCAGCAUGGCGUUUACACCAACUAUCAGGCGAUCAAGAAGGCAUACAGCAACGCGGAAUCCACCCACUUAGAUAACGAUGGCAAAGUUCUCCGGGUUCUGAAGGCCUUCAACGAUGAAUUGGGAACCGAAUAUAAGCCAUUUGAAUUCUUCGGGCACGAGUCCGCGGAAUCCGUCCUGGUGACGUUCGGAAGCGCGGAAGCCUCCAUCGCCCGACAGGUGGCGACCAAGCUCUCCCGAUCUGGCCAGAAGGUCGGCGUUAUCAACGUUAGGGUGUACCGACCGUUCAUUGAAGAGGCUUUCCUCGAGGUAUUGCCAAAAACCGCAAAGAGGAUUGCGAUUCUGGGACAGGUGUCGGACGAAAGCGAUAUGGACACUUUAAACGAGCAUUCCAUGCUCUUCAACGAUGUUUUGGCCACGGUCAACUUCUUCGGACAUAGCGACGGUAUCGACGUGGUCGACUUGAAAUACGUCUCUCAGACUUGGACCGCCGCUCGUCUGAAUGAGCUGAUCCAGAAGAUGGCCAUAUUCGAGCAGUCCGCAGGUAUCGAUCCUUCGAAAAUCGCUGCCGACGAGUACAACAUUGAGCUUGUCGAUGAAUCAGCCAAACAAUACUCGUUCUUGGAUUCGGAUAGGUCUGCAACGGCCAGCCUCCCGAGCUUAUUAGGGGAGCUAUUGGCGCAGGAUUCUUCCAGCAUCAUUUCAACAAGGACGGCUUUCGAUCACUUGGCCCAAGGUGGUGUAGUUCGCACUGAUAUCCGAAGCUCGACAUCCGAGAUUGAAGCACCAUGCUCCACCACAUCCGCCGACAGCAUCUUUGUGGGCAGUGAUAAACUUCUGAAGGACUUUGACUUUGUCCGCAACCUGAAGCACCAAGGAACUAUCCUGAUUUGGUUGCCUGGUGUCAAAGACGAAGAUGUGGAGAAGAAGGUACCCGAAGCCACCCGAAAGGCCAUCGCGGCAAAAACCAGCCAUAUCUGCAUCAUCGACUCCGCCGCUUCCGCAGCCGUUGCAGAGAACAAGGACAUGGAGACUCAAGUCGUCCUGCUUGCCGUGAUCAAGGUUCUCCGACCAGACCUAUACUCGUCGGUUCUGCAGAAUCUUGGUAAUGAUACCACGCCGCUCGAGGAGGAUGUGUCAAAAGUCGUCCGGGACUUCCUCGUGCCCGAAGAAUGGUCCGCUGUCGAAUUGGAUCCCGAGACUCCUGCAAAACCUGCGGAUAUCACCAUCAACAGCUUCGUUCCGUUCAAGGUUGAAGAAGUGGAGGGGCCAACCGCGAUUAAGUCCUGGCAUACGGCUGCUCAAGGUCUCCUGUUCAAGGAAGCCUAUGGCACUCAGAAGACCCUCCGUCCGGAUCUCGCGAUGAAGACGCACGUUGUCACUGUCAAGGAGCGACGUCGUCUCACUCCUGACAGGUAUGACCGUAACAUCUUCCACAUCGAAUUCGACCUGGGCACUAGCGGUCUCACCUACGCUAUCGGCGAGGCCCUCGGCAUCCACGCUGAGAACGACGCCGACGAGGUAUCAGCAUUCAUGAAAUGGUACAACCUGGACCACGACGAUCUCGUGGAGGUACCCACGCGGGAAGACCCCAGCCACUACGAAGUCCGCACCGCCUACCAAGCACUCCGCCAAAACAUCGACAUCUUCGGCCGCCCUCCCAAGCGAUUCUACGAAGCUCUCUCCGACUUCGCCACCGACCCCAACGAGAGAGCUUCUCUCCUCGCCCUCAGCACCGCCGAUGGCGCCGCCGAAUUCAAGCGUCGCGCUGAAGUCGACACUAUCACCUUCGCCGACACCUUCCAGGAAUUCCCAUCCGCGCACCCGCCCCUUCCCGAUCUAGCCCGUAUUGUCCCGCCCAUGAAGCGCCGCGAGUACUCCAUCGCCUCAUCCCAGCGCGUCACCCCGACCUCUGUGGCUCUGCUCAUCGUCACCGUCGGCUGGGUCGACCCCGCCGGCCGCGACCGCUUCGGGCAGGCGACCCGCUUCCUCAACGCGCUGCCGGUGGGUGCGCCCGUCGUGGUGUCGGUGAAGCCGUCGGUGAUGAAGCUCCCGGCCUCGAGCACGGCGCCAAUCAUCAUGGCAGGACUGGGCACGGGGCUCGCGCCGUUCCGCGCGUUCGUGCAGGAGCGGGCGCUCCAGCGCUCGGAAGGCCAGCCGAUUGGGCCGGUGCUGCUGUACAUGGGGUCGCGCACGCAGCGGGAGGAGUACCUGUACGGCGAGGAGUGGGAGGCGUACCAGGCGGCCGGGGUGAUCACGUUGAUCGGCAAGGCCUUCUCGCGCGACCAGCCGCAUAAAAUCUACAUCCAGGACCGCAUGCGGGAGACGAUGGCGGAGAUUCGCGAGGCGUAUCUGCAGAAGGAGGGGAGCUUCUACCUGUGCGGGCCGACGUGGCCGGUGCCAGAUGUGACGGAGGUGUUGCAGGCGGCGGUGGAGGAGGAGGCGAAGGCGGCGGGGACGAAGAAGGUGGAUUCGAGGAGGGAAAUUGAGCGGCUGAAGGAUGAUGGGAGGUACGUGUUGGAGGUCUACUAGACCAUUGGGUAUUCGGUACAAUCACGCGUGUUGCGUUUUUUCAUAGUGGAUAGAUAGCACAGGGGAGGUACCUAUUGUUGCAUAGAUUCCCGGUACCAAUUGCAUUACUUUAAAAAAAGGGU